GGCUUUUACGACGUGGUCCGUUCACGUUUGAGGACCCCCCCCCCACACACACACACACACACUUCAGGUAUACCUUCGUAGUGCACACAAAGGACACGCGCCAAUCCUCAAGUUAAACGCUCGUGCCUUGACGCGUCUAUCUGGAUUCUAGAAGGACACUAUAGAACGCGUCUCAAUUCGAAUUCAGCUGGAACGCGAGAGAAAUGGAUACCGGGAUUUGCGUUUCCUGCCGUUUUAGACCCUGUUAAUUUAAUACUCUUAUCUAUAUUUAGUCAAGGGGGAGUAAACGGACGGGCCGGGGCGCAACAACCGUACUCUUUCAUUGAGGAGGUGAAGAAGGACGGAUACGUGACUCCUUCGCGCAGAUCAUUUAUUUCGCUCAGCAAUUUGAUCAUUCACAUCGCCGAAGCGUCCGCUUCUAAAAUGCAGUUUCGGACAGUUUUGGAUGUCAAAGUCGUGGAUGUGGAGAAGAGGAGGCAUCCAUCCAAACAUUAUGUGUAUCUCAUCAAUGUCACAUACUCUGACUCCACAUCCCACAUCAUUUACAGAAGAUAUAGUAAAUUCUUUGACCUUCAGAUGCUGAUUCUUGACAAGUUCCCAAUCGAGGGAGGGCAGAAGGAUCCCAAAAAGAGGAUCAUCCCUUUUCUUCCAGGCAAAAUACUAUUCCGACGAAGUCAUGUAAGAGACGUGGCCAUGAAAAGACUACGCUUUAUUGAUGACUAUUGCAGAGCCCUAGUCCGGCUUCCACCCCAGAUCUCACAGAGUGAAGAAGUUCUGCACUUCUUUGAGACCAAACCAGAUGAUAUCAACCCUCCUGUAGAGGAUUGUGGAUCCAAACGCAAGUCAGUUUGGAUGUAUGGCCUUCAGGAAAGUCCAACCAAGACUGAGGCCUCAGGACUGGACAGUAGUGAGCCCAUGGUGCUGGAGCAGUACGUGGUGGUAGCCAACUACGAAAGACAGGAGAACUCGGAAAUCAGCCUGAAAUCUGGAGAAACGGUGGAUGUGAUUGAGAAGAGCGAGAGUGGCUGGUGGUUUGUUAGCACAGCUGAAGAGCAGGGCUGGGUUCCUGCCACAUACCUGGACUCUCAGAGUGGCACCAGAGAUGAUCUGGACCUCGGAACAUCUAGAUCAGGAGAAGUUACUAAGAGACGUAAGGCUCAUCUGAAGAGGCUGGACCGCAGAUGGACACUAGGGGGAAUAGUCAACCGCCAACAGAGUCGAGAGGAGAAAUAUGUCACCGUUCAAGCUUACGCCAGUCAGGGGAAGGAUGAGAUCGGGUUCGAGAAAGGAGUAACCGUGGAGGUGAUCCAGAAGAACCUGGAGGGAUGGUGGUACAUCAGGUAUCAGGGCAAGGAGGGCUGGGCCCCAGCUUCCUACCUGAAGAAACUCAAAGAUGACCUUUCCCCAAGGAAGAAGACUCUGACUGGCCCUGUGGAGAUCAUCGGAAACAUAAUGGAGAUCAGUAACCUCCUCAACAAGAAGGCCGUCAGCGAGAAGGACAUUCAGACCGAUGGAGAGCCCACCACCCCUGAGCGCCACAUCUCCAAGAGUGAGAUCAGUCUACCCAUCCCAUUUGCCCCAGAGGCUGGAGUGGCACCCAUAGUCAACACUGGGCAGGGAAUGGGGUCUGGAUCUAGUGUCGCCCUACAGGAGAACAAGAGUAGGGUAGAGUCGGGGUCACCUGCUAUAGCCCGGGUGGCACCACACAGAGUCGAGAUAGGCUCUCCAAACCUUAGGCAAAAACCUCCUCCUCGAAGAGAGACAAAUCUGGCUUUCCAGUUGCCUAAACCUCCAGAGCCCCCUACUGUGGAAGCCGAGUACUACACCAUAGCAGAGUUUCAAUCCAGCAUCUCAGAUGGCAUCAGCUUCCGUGGAGGACAAAAGGCUGAUGUCAUAGAGAAAAACUCUGGUGGAUGGUGGUAUGUCCAGAUCGGGGAUAUGGAGGGUUGGGCACCCUGCUCCUACAUUGAUAAACGCAAGAAGCCCAACCUGAGCCGGCGAACCAGCACACUCACCCGUCCCAAAGUUCCACCCCCUGCUCCGCCUGUCAAAAAGGAUUCUGAGGAAUCACCUUCUCUGGGGGGCUCAGCCUCCAAAGCUCCAGAAUCCCCCAGUCAGCAUGUCUACGAAGAACCGGAAUAUGAUGUUCCUGCCCCUGGCUUUGAUGAUUUGGACUCUAAAAGUUCUCCAAAACCAGAACCUCGAAAAUUUGAAAUCAAAAGCAAUCCUUUGGCUGCCGAGAGAAUCGCACAGGCCGGCAAAGCAUCACCUUUAUUAAAGGUGAUGACCUCUCCUUUGAGGAAAAGAAACUCAUUGGAAAAUGUCAAUAAGGAGGAGGUGAUUUACGAGAAUGAAGGCUUCAGAUUCUCCUCCAAUGACUUCACCUCUCCUAGAGACUCCAGUGGUUGUGAUUCGAACACCCCAAGGAGUCUCACUUUGGGUCGCAAACCUCUCAGCUCCUCUUCCUCUCCUGGAGGAGGGAGGCCACUCCGCAAGGUACCCCCGGAUAUAAGCCGAAGUCAUUCUCUUGGCCGGGCAGAGAGACAUAGUCCCAGGUCGUCAUCAGACGAAUCAGGUCGCAAUCCCAAAAGAGAACCCGUCAUGCGUAAAGACGUAGAAAUUCGGAUCGGUCAGAGUCCCUUGGCAAGGUCCAAACCUGUAGUGCGACCCAAACCACUUCUUACAAAGUCAGAGCCACAAAGUCCUGAAAGAAUGGACAUUAGCAGCCUACGCCAGCAGCUGCGUCCCACUGGCAGUCUCCGGCAAGGUGUGGUCUGUGCGUUACGUGGUGGUGAGGAUUCCGAAACGGCUUCAAUUGUGUCCUCUGAGGACUUUAACUCCACGAGGAGCAAUUCGGAUCUUUCAAGCAUAUAUUCCAAGGGCAGCCGUGGUGGGGAAUCAGACCACGAUAGUGCAUUCUACAGAACCACAGAUGCCUACGAACGAGCCCAGGAGUCAGAGCUCAGCUUCCCAGCUGGCGUUGAGGUGGAGGUACUGGAAAAGCAGGAAAGUGGAUGGUGGUUUGUCCGUUGGGGUGAAGAAGAGGGUUGGGUACCUACUUUCUACCUGAAGCCAGUCUCACAUCCCCAUGAUCUAGGUGUUCAAGAGGUCCGUGAUUGCCAUAUUGUUGAUCUCAGUGGCACCAACAAGUCCAACAGUCUUGAGAAGAACGAGCAACGUGUUCAGGCCCUCAACAACCUCAACCAGCAGAACCUGAGGAGCUUGAGCAACCCUAGUCCACCAAUCCCAUCCAAACCACCCGGGGGCUUUGGGAAACCACCUGCAAUGCUGAAUGGCUCUGGCGUACGGAUGAGAAACGGCGUUCGUCAGGCAGCAGUGCGACCACAAUCUGUCUUUGCAUCUCCACCACAGCCUUUGAAGGACGCCAAGAUCCAUACUGGAUCUUUGAGAAGAAAUGAAUCGCUGGGCGCAGGUGACCACUUGAGGUCCGGAGGUGGUGUUCGACGAAACUCCUCCUUCACUGCUGUUCGGCCACAGCCAGCAAACGAUGUGCGAGUGAGGGCUGGAACCACCAUUACAGCACCUGUUGGAAGUCAAAGCCUAUUGAUUGCUCAGAGAAAUGGCAUUCCUGUCUCUACAGUAAGACCCAAGCCUAUUGAGAAGACACACCUUAUUCACAACAACCUUCGAGAGGUUUAUGUUUCAAUUGCUGAUUACCGUGGGGAUGAAGAGACCAUGGGUUUCUCAGAGGGCACUAGCCUUGAAGUUUUAGAAAAGAAUCCAAAUGGAUGGUGGUACUGCCAAAUUGUAGAUGGCUUACAUGGACGUAAAGGCUGGGUACCAUCUAACUAUCUGGAGAGGAGAAAAUAAUUCCCCAGAAAUGCUCUAAACAUACACAAUUGUAAUCAAAAUGUAUAAAGAUGAAUUGUCUGGAGGACUGUGCUUUUGGUUUAAAAUGAGAGGGACAGAGCCUUUAAAAAGGGGUUUACAUUAAAAGUAUUGCAGGUGAAUGUCUAGCAAAAUACCUGCCAUAAUUUUAUGCCAAAUGGGUGCCUUCCAUCAUUCACUGAAAAGAGGAAUCAGUCAAACACCAGUGAACCAACAUUAAUACCAAACUUCAGCUUAGUGCCAUAGCCCUAUGAGUGCAGAAAUCACCAAACCUAUUUUGUUACAAUGUUAAAAAGAUAAUUUCAGCAUAAGUGCAAAUCUAAUCUUUUGCACUCAGAAACUAGAAACAGAAAUCUGUACAGAAAUACCAACAAUAUCAAAUGUUCUGCAAUUGAGCACACUCUAUUGAGUGAAACCAAGCAAAACUUUGAUUGUCUUUUUUUUAUUAUUUUACUAAUUGUUUUGUUUAAUGUUUUAUAUUUUCCUUAGAGAUGUAUUUCUGCUUUCUUGUAACAUCCAAACAGUUGCAGGUCAUGAUUAUUUACGUCUCUUUUUCUUUCCCAUUCUUUAAAUCCUCGGCAGUCCAAAAUUAAUAAAACAUGUUUAAGGAAAACAGUCUGUGAAAUCGACAUGCGGUUGUGCAUAGACCACCUCAUUCCCCACCUCAUUACUGGUUUUAUGCCCAAGUUAAGUUUACAAAGUGCAUCUGGUCCUACGGUUUCUGGUCAUAUCAUGAGGGUAAACGGCUUAAGGUGACAAGACUUAAGAUUUUGCUGCUCUGUGUGUGCUAUAUCGGCUGUGAUUGCAGUGAUAAUUCAUAAAUCAGGACUGGAAAAUAUGAUGUUUUUUUUCUGCAUUUUAUCCCAGGGAAGUAGUUACGUAACAUUGAGCCCAAAAUGUGAUUGCACCAAAGAAGAAAACCGAAAUGUUUGCUAGUUUAUUUUAGAAUUAAUAUUUAUUUUAUGGAUAGAAAGAAACACAGUGUACGUACUUGUUUUAUCUGGAAGAACUUGAUUUUUUGAACCCAAAGAAAAGUGCAUUAUUAUGCAAGGUUAAUUCCUACAUUACGAUAUUGCUGGGCAGUAUUGAAUUUACAGUUAAUUUUCACACAAUAAGCAGUUUAUAAUAUUUUACUUUUAUCAUUUAAAGAAUAGUAUUUCUUGCAAUCUUAGUCCAUAGUCCAAACUUUGAAUUGUCUUCUUUAUAAAUUUCCGAGCUUUGAGUACUUCCUCUUCAAAUGCGAUUUACUCAAAUAAUGUUAAUUGAAAACUGCAUCAAACAUCUUGAUGUUCAAGACUGCUGAAAUAUUUUUCUAAUGAAUGGUGUGAGCUCUUAAAUGGGUUUAACUCUACCUUAAUGUUAUUUUGUUUUCUGCUGGACAGUAUUAUAAUUUUAAACAAUUAAAACAUGAAUUACCUGCUAGAUUGCAGUUAUAUUAUGCAGAAAGUUGUUUAUUUGUUCUUGUUUAUUUUGUUUGUUUGUUGUUGUGUGAUCACACAUGGACAAUAAUGAUGAUUGAGGUGGGUCAUUUGUUGUAAAUCAAUGCAUAUAAGCUUUUAAAAGCAAAAAUGCAUUGGUUUAAAGAUGCAGUGUCCUUCAUCAGCAUAUAAUUUAUUUAAAAUAAAAUAGAAAUUAUAUUUAUAUUUUGUAAAUGUUUUUAUAUUUUUGUCAGUACAGUAAUAUUUUGCAAUGUUAUAUUGUUAUUGGAGGCUUUAUAAAAUAAUUUUUACAUUACAUUUUUUUUUUAAUUCUUUAAACUUUGUAACACAAAUUGGCUACUUCUAUAUUCCAAGCUUUUUUUCUACCAAGCUGUAAUUUUUUGCCUCUGAUUUGGGCCUCAGUUAUUUACAGCAGAUGUGUCUUAAAAUCAAAAAUGUAUUCUUAAUGAAUUCAGCUAAACAUUUUUUUCAAUCAAGUGGUUUUUUAUCGGGAAUCUGUUUUCCCCCCAGGCUGAAUGCUGCACCUUUAGCAACUAUGGACACUUCCUUUCUCAUUAUUGAACCACAUAUAAUGCCUGAUUAUUCUUAAUCAUUUCAUGUUAUUUUAAUUUCAUCACUCCCACAGAUGAAAGCAACUAAAUUUUCACACUACACACUAAUUAUAAACCAAGUAAAAUCCAGCAUUAAUAAUUGGAAAGAGCACAAAAUCUACCCAAAAUAACAGAAUCAUAUUGCUGUCUGUAAACAAUUAAAUAGUUCAUACAUUUUAUAAUUGCAAAUAUGGAAUUUGGAGGAAAAAAGCAUGUCUCUAUAGUUACAUGUUAUAUGGAUUUCAAAUAAUUGUGAUGGACCAAAUUUUAUGGCACAAAAUCGUGAGUGUUUUAUUAAAAUGGAUUAUCAUAAAAUAAACAGCAAUAAUGUCAAUAAUGAUUUUAAAGUUCCAAUUCGGGAAUAGUUUUUUUACUUUUUAACUUUUCAAUUUGAAAGUGAAAUAUGAGCCAUUGCACUCUCGCUCUCCUUAUGACGAAGGCAUUAUAGAAAUGUGUCAACUCACUACAACACAGCGCUUGUGAUGGAUGUUGCAAAUCUCCAUUAACACAAUGCUUUUUAUCUUCAUUUGAGUGUCAAACUAGUUCUUUUUCAUAUUAUUUCUGUAUCUGCUAGCUUUGUUUUAUUUCUUGUUUAUUUAUUUAAUUUUUAUUAUAAUGUUUCUUACUGUUUUGCUGUUAUUUAAUUUUUUCUCUCACUUUUGUUCACUUUUGACAUUACUCAGAUGGAAUGAGGAAAUGUGCAAUACACAAACACUCAUCUCACCAAUUAAGAAUCAAAUGAAUCCGAAAUCUAUUCAAUAUUGCCUAGUUUUGUCCCAUAGGUAUUUUGUAUCCUCGUCAAAGUGAGCAUAUUACAUCACCCAAUGUAUUUUAAAAUGUUUAACUGAAAGUAAAAAUCCUCCCAUUGAUGGACCCCAACAGUUUACCGCCCAACCGUGACUUCAAAGUGAUUUCUACUCACACCUUUUUCCCACCAAACCAGAACUUUCUUAAAGUAGGUUGACUCCAUCAAUCCAUGGUAAAUCCCAAAUGAAAUAAUGAGGAAGCAUGGGCAUAUCUGAGAAGUAAGUUGAAUUUGUCAAAUCACAGUCACGUUUUUGAGAUAGCAGCAGCAGCAGCAGCUAUAUUAUCUCUCUACCACACACUGCCAAACGAUCGACGUGUCUCUCUGACAUCCACCCCUACAUUCCCCUGUUACCAUGGCAAACACGACUACUCUAUCCUAAAUCCCAUUCAUCAACAGCAAGGUCGUUUAUAACUGUAAUAGAUCCAGGUUUAAUUUACAACAUCUAAAAAUGACAUGAAAACACAUAAUAUGUCAUUACAUAUCCUAAGUAGAGUGUAUUACAAUCUCUACUCUUCCAGUCUGAACUUAUUCAUAUUUGAAAUGCCUUUCAAAAGUCAAAUUUCUGUGUUUAUAUUGUGAGAUCCUUUGAGUGCAUUCAGUUGAAUGCAUGUACCAAAACCAAGGGAAUUUGACACUGGUUGAAAAAAAGGAGGUUUUUGAAGGACUAUCUUGGAUUUCCUAGACAAGAGAAGACAUUUAUUAGCGAAAUGCUGUCUUUUGCUUUCCCUAUUUAAAAGGCAACUUUUUUGGCAGUUGCUGCCAGUUACUUUUCCAAGUUUUCAUUUUACAUUAUUGCUUUAAGAUUUAUAUAUAUAUAUAUAUAUAUAUAUAUCAAGAAUCAGAAGAGAAUACCAAUAAGAAGAAUAGGAUCAUGAGUACAUUUGUGUGCUUGUGUGGUGUAUUCUGAGGUGGUUUGUGUAAGGGAGUUUUUAAAUGGUGGUGAGAGAAGAAUAGAGGGAAUUUUUGAUUUGAUGCUUGGUUAAAAAAGGAAACAAGGGAGGUCAGAUAUGAUUGAACAACUCAAUUGGACUUAUGAAAAAAUAUUCACUCUGAAAAGAUUGGACAAGUGUCCUAGAAAGGAAAGAGGCCUUUGCUGUAAUUAGCACUUCAGAGAAGUUUAUACUAGCAGCAAGUCAUUAUGAUGUCACAAUGGUAUUGCAGAGUCAUAAUAGCACUGGUGAGUCACAGUAUUCUCUGUAGCAUCUUUGGAAACUUGUGUUAUUUCUGUUGGGAAACUGUCUGCAACUUAAUUCAAGCAUGCAGCCUAGCCUUCCGAUGCCAGUGUUUUUGAAAACAUUUCUCAGUGCUUUGCUACACACAUGCUGAGGUUCAGAGACUCGAGAACAGCUAUGAUGUUCCAUCGCAUGCUGCUGCAAACCUCGUUACAACAAUUAAAAAGUUGCUGUCGGAAUCUGAGAGAGAAUAGGAUUCCACGUCUCUAGCACACUCACUGCACUAUAAGGAGUAGGGGCUCGCUGUGAAAUCACAUUUCGUGAACACUUGCUUAAUUACAGAUGCUCAGGAUGAACGCAGUGAAUACAAAUGUCACACUGAUUACGGAUGUCGGGCUGAUGUCAUAUGCGGAGAUAGAUUGAUCAUGUCUCUAAUGGCUCACAGCGUGUCAAGACGGAUAAACAUCAUCAAGAGGAAUCAUCUAUGUCUGCGAAUGGCUUCAUUUGCCCAGGCGUUUAUAUGAUGUGGAAUUGUUGCAUUGGGGUUUAAUGAAAGUUGUUAGAAUGAAUAUGAUUGAUAGAGGCUUGUUGUUUAGUUGAAUGAUUGAAUUCACGAAUAUUUAACAGAAAGAUCGAUCAAUCGGAUCUAGGGUAGACGGCAUAUUUAAAUUGACGCAAAUGAAAACAAUAGACAUAAGCUGUGUUCCAAAUGGCGCACUCUACACAAUUCACUCAACCAUCUGGUAUAUGAAUUUUCAAAGCGUAGAACUGUCCCAAAUGGAAAACUAAAGUUAUUUUUUUUACUACAUGGAGGUUCACUGUUUUCAGCUGCCGGAAGUGACAUUUCAAAUGCAUGUGAUGUGUUGCCACUAGCUUUAGAAUACGAUUUUGGACACACCUAUACAGUCUGUUCAAAAUGUCGCACUGUUGUGUACCUUGGUGUUGAUCUUUGAGCCGGCAAAACAUCAAAAAUACAAUACCAGUCAAAACACACCUUCAACACACCAACUUAUUUUUUACUAUCAUUAUUUUCACAUUGUAGAAUCACAAAUGGAUGUAUGGUAAAUAUGUAGUAACCAAACUUAACCAAAAUGAAUAACACGCAACCUACUGAACGGACUAGUUCAAUCCCUCACAGCAUUCAUUCACGUACAAUUAAAUAUGGUGCCUACCUAGACUAAGAUACAUAAUCUGAUACACUAGCAUUUAAUGUAAUCAGGAUGUGUGCUAGAUUAGGCCUAUUUUAGGAGUGAAUUUGGGUGGAGAAAGUUGUAUGUUUGUGGCACUGCAUUAUAAGUGCUUAGCAGGAGUUUCAGUACGUUUUAUGUUUUGUUUUUCAUGUUAAUUUGCAUUUACGUGUAUGUCCCAGAUAUAAGAGUGCUUGGUUUGAGUGAGCAGGCCAUGUUCCUUCUCCACAAUGGUUCUCAUCAAAGUGUUGCAUCUGAUUUCUCACUGUUUUCUGUUGCCGUCUUUGUGCGGCUCUCUGCUCCAAUUACCAUUCCUCUGCUCUUAAUUAAGUCAUGGAAAUAACAGCACAUGGGGCCAGUAUCAUCUUACUUAAAAGCAAUCAAUGACUGAGUGUUUUGAUAAGUGUGUCCUCUCUGAAAGUUACAUUUAUUGAGGUUUGCUUUUAUCAUGCUGCGACUUAACGUCGUGCCCCAUGUCUGUCUCCUCACAAGGGUUUUUCAUUAUUUUGUAUUUUCUAAAUCGCAUAUCAUAGAUUUAUGACAGCAAAUCCUUGGACAGCCUUCCUGAACUUUACUCCAGUCCUUCAAAAAGACAUUUUUGAUAGUAAUCAAAGUAAUUUUUCAACCAAUGUCAGAUUCUUAAACAAGAAAGGACAAUGUACUGUAGAUGGCAGUCAAACCAAGUGGGAUUCUGCAAUCUUCUGUUACAGAUCAUUGGACAUAAAGUAUGUUUGGUUGCAUAUUUGAAUUUCCCUCUUGCCAUCAGAAAUGCAUUAAAAUGCGUGCCCUUAAAAUUUUUUGAGAGAAAGCCUUGCAUUGAUAUUAUUCAGCGCUCAGCCAAAUCUACAUUUCAUAUGCAUUUCUUUUAAAGAUAAGUGGUCUACAGCUUCAACUUUUAAUUUUCAGCAUUAUUAUGUUUUUUAUCUUUUUUGUUGUUGUUUUUGUACCUUUUUAUGUUUACAUUGUAUCUUGCAUUGUCCUAAAGGAAAACACAAUAAAAUGUAUCCU